AUGUUGCCUGAUUUACCAAAUGAAUUGUGGUUGAUAAUUGCAGAGCACCUGCAGUUUCCAAAAUACAUGAACCCACUUAUCCGAACAAACCGUCACUUUUACACGCUUCUCAAUCCCUAUCUUUACCAUUGCGGGAUACGCCGAUAUGGCAGUUGGGUAUCGGAUUGGGCUGCGGAAAACGGCCGAGUGGAGACUGUUCAGAAAUCACUGGCAGCAAGGGCAUGCACUCAACCUGCGUUUACGCUUCAAAGGCCUCUACUUAUAGCAGCAAGAAACGGAUAUGGAGACAUACUGAAGCUGUUGCUUACUGCCGACGACCCAAAUCUCCAGGAUUCUGAUUUGUGUCAAGCCUUAUCAUGGGCAGCACAGAAUGGACAUGUCGCAGUAAUUAAGCUACUGCUCGCUGCCGAUGGCAUCGACCCAAACUCCCAGGAUUGUGAUGGGUGGACUGCUUUAUCGUGGGCCGCACGGAGGGGACAUAUGGAGGUAACUACGGUACUACUCGCUACCGAUGGCAUCAACCCAAACACGCAGGAUUCCGAUGGGUGGACUGUUCUAUCGUGGGCAGCACAGGAUGGAGACGAAGCAAUCGUCAGGCUGUUGCUUGCUACCGUUGGCAUCGAGCUGGACUGUCCCGAUUUCUUCGGAUGGACGCCGCUAUCUCAUGCAGUACGCAAAGGGCAUGACAGAAUAGUCAGGCUACUGCUUGCGGCCGAUGGUAUCAGCCCAAACACCCAGGAUGCCAGUGGGCGUACUGCCCUAUCGUGGGCGGCACAGAAUGGAGACGAAGCAAUCGUCAGGCAAUUGCUUGCUACUGAUGGUAUUGAACUAGACUCUCCUGACUCCGCUGGAUGGACGCCUUUGUUUCAUGCAAUACGGGAAGGGCAUGACGCAGUGGUCGGGCUGCUGCUUGCUACUAAUGGUGUCGACCACGACUUCAAGGCUCGUGGUCAACAGACACCUCUGAUGGUGGCAGCAUUCUACGGAGCGGAGAAAACUGUCAAGCGACUCCUCGACAAUGGCGCCAAUCCGAACUCUCUCUACAGUAAUCAAGGGACGCCCCUGACAUACGCUAGAAGAAACGGACAUCACGGGGUAGUCAAAAUUCUGCUCUCUGCGCUCGGGAUUAAACCGGAUUUCCCGGACAUUUAA